AUGGAAGAGCAGAAGCAGGAUAUGGUCCAAGAGCAGAAGCAGGAUGUGACCGAAGAGCAGAAGCAGGAUGUGGUUGAAGAGCAGAAGACAGAGAAUCGCUCUGCUAAACUUGAACAUUCUCCUGAUAUGGAGCCGGCAUGGCACAAGCCUAUAGCUCCUGUUACAUAUUCGCAUGGGCACGAUGAUGAUCAAAGAGAUAGAAGUGAAAGCUUGUCCGCUCCCCGGCUUCCCAGAAUGUCCUUCACGGAAGCACCUCCGGAACUUGCAGCAUUGGACUUGGAUCCAGUACAAUUACCCCCCAUGAAUCCAGAAGCAGCGCCUUCCAGGAAUUUAUAUUCUUUAAAGCAGCUACUGUUUGCUACGGAAACUCUACCGCCAGUGAAAGAACUGCGGCCAUUGCAAAUGCCUGAUGGCACAGUGAAGCCGAAUCCAAUGCGAGACCGUCCAAGAUACGAGCCGCUCUCACCAGAUACGCCUCCUCGAUUCGAGACUCUACUGUCAAUGCGUGAAGGGGCUCAUGGAAAGUUCACCGCGGACUUCAUGCAGCUCUCUGCUUCUGACUGGGAUCCUGAUAUGGAGGAAGAUUAUCACACCUAUUCUUUUGGUCAUGGGGUAGACAGGCUCCCUGUCUUGGAAGAGACUGAGUUGCAUUCAGCUUUUGCUCUCAAGGGGAUAGCGAUAGAAGAAAACGAGAUGUCAUCGUCGUCUCUGCCAAAUGACGAUCUUCCCGAAGCUGUCAAAGCUGCUGCGACUUCUCAGUUGGAUGUCCCCUCGGAAAAGGCGUCAGGAGCUGGUCCGCAAGGUCAGCCUCAGGCUGUUGAACUCGGACAGGAAUGGUGGCGAAGGUACGGCUUCCUGGGCCGUCCGCCUCCUCCCAACCUUGUUGCUCCACAGGUCCGGCGGGGACUUCCACAUGGACCUCCAACUAUCACCAACGGAAGCAAGGGUCGGUACAGGGCUGUUUGUCCUGGGAGCGCUAUCUUUCGUCUGGCUCAUCUCAAGAAUCAGAGGUCGCCGUUGACGCCGGGGAGGGCAGGGCGUUGGGAGGAUACAAGGCCCUCCAUGCUCGCCUCAUUCUUGCGUAUUCUUGCUGUAGAGAAAGUUUUAUUCUCUAUACAGAGUUCCUUCCCCGGGUUCGACCUGACAGUAGCAGAUGCCUCGAAGCUUCAGACUGAGGUUGUGACUGAGAUCAGCCCCUCAGAGUCUUCGGCGUACCGUCAGUCUGUUCUAGAGUCGUCCUCGUCGUGGUCGAGGGUCAGGAUGAAGUGA